CUGCUGGGCCAUCUUACAGGCCCCGCAAGAGUCUUGAUGGUGUCCUCUUGAGAGUAAAGUCUUUUAAUGUGCUGUCACCCAAGACGGAAUGCCUUUAAGUUGGGUCCUACCCGUUGUUCGGUAGCUGCGCCUCUCCCACACCUUAACCCUACUGUUUACGAAUGAUUCUUGUAAACUUUCCCACCUCUUUUUUGAUACUGGUUUCCCACAUUUGAAGUUACUUUGCAGUCUUUGCUCAUUCUUCAAAGCUCAAAAUGCUUUCCCCAAGCAUCUGCAUCCUUCGAGACAGGCAGCCCGUCUCUUUUAUACCACUUUGACUAUAAUCAUGCACACUAGUGUGAGGGCGGGGUCUACUUGUUUGCAUGUCUGCUUCCUUGCUUUUGCAAGUUGCUUGGCAGCAAAGCCACGUUUCUUCAGGGUGCUACCCGGCAGGCACAGCACUUACUACGUUGACGGAGUGGACGGAGAUAGGAUUCCUAAACGUAGUAGCUGAGUGACAUUGGAUGAGUCACCUCUCUGUCCUGUGUGUUCCCACAACUGCAAAUUGGUGUUUAUGAUAUCCUCUGAACAGAAUAGCAAAAACUCUUGUGAGACCCCCUAGCAUGUGCUGCUACUCAAGAUGAACCUUAUAGCCAUAUUAGUGCCCAUUUAAAAGCAGAACUAAGGAAGGGAACUAUUAUGCUUUAUGUUAAUUAGGUGCUGGGCUUGUUUUCCUAGUAUGAGUCCUGUUGCUUUUUAGGGACAUAUUGGACAUUGCCCCAAAUAGUUGUACACCUGGUUCAACCCGGGAUUUUGGGUUAAACGCAGUGCGACGUCGCCCCCUGUUGCUCGCUGGUGGAAGUUUGAGGGCAAAGUUAGGCAUCUUCUCCAAACCACCGCUCAGGUGUUCUGGACUUUGCAGUUCCCAACUAUCGCCUCUGGUUCCUCCCUCUCCAGGCUGUCAGCGCACCCUGGCUGCGGAAGCCCCGCCUACCUCGCGCAUACUGGAGGCGGGGUCUGUGGCGUUUUGCUGCCGUCACUUCCAGUGGACCCGGAAGCGGUGCUGUCAGCAGGCCAGAGUUAGGAAAUCCUGAUGGAUCCGAGCUUAGUGUGAACCCUGGGCCGUUGCAGGGCCGUGGUGGGCGGGCCUGGGUUUGGUAACCAGCGGAGCGGCUAGGGCGGAGCGGCCUCUGGGCCAGUAUUGGAGAGCCGUGGCUGAGCGUUCUGCCGGGCCAGCGUUGCCCCGCCUCCAGGUUGGAACCGGCUUCCACCUUCCGUCUGGCUCGACAGCACUUUUGCCUGGCCACCGCGGCCCCUCAGUCCGUCCGGACAGCUGGAUGUGCGGCCUCUGGCCAGACAGUCCUCUCUGAUUCACUUCUAGAUGUCCCUGAGGCUCUGUCCGAGGCUGCCAGAACACUAACGUGGAGCAACCCACUCCAGAACCCCCAUGGAGAAGUUUGGAAUGAAUUUCGGGGGCGGCCCAAGCAAAAAGGAUCUGCUGGAGACUAUAGAGACACAGAAAAAGCAGCUUCUCCAGUACCAGGCAAGGCUCAAAGAUGUGGUCCGGGCCUAUAAAAGCCUGCUGAAGGAGAAAGAGGCCCUGGAGGCCAGCAUCAAAGUACUGUCGGUAUCCCACGAGGCGGAUGUAGGCCUUGCAAGCGUACAGCCUUCAGGUCUCACGUUUCCUGACUCUGUGGAUGAUCGUUGCUCCACUCACAGCGAGGAUAGCACCGGAACCGCCACUAGCUUGGAUACUGCAGCCAGUCUUACGAGCAUCAAGGGUGAGUUUGGGGUCGAAGAUGACAGAAUGGCCCGUGGACCACUUCCUCCAAAGUCCGAAGAGGCCAGUGGGUCAGAGAGUGGCGUUAGUAGCAGCAGCGGGGAUGGACCGGCUGCGGGUAAUGAGAUGGACAGAAGACUCCAUCAGCUGAAGACUCAGUUGGCUACAUUGACCAGCUCCUUGGCUACAGUCACCCAGGAGAAGUCCCGUAUGGAGGCAUCUUACCUGGCGGACAAAAAGAAGAUGAAACAGGAUCUAGAGGAUGCCAACAAAAAGGCAGAGGAGGAGAGGGACCGUCUGGAAGGAGAAUUGAAGGGGCUGCAGGAGCAGAUAGCAGAAACCAAAGCCCGACUUAUCACACAGCAGCAUGAUCGCGCCCAGGAGCAGAGCGACCAUGCUGUCAUGCUGCGGGAGCUACAGAAGCUGUUGCAGGAGGAAAGGACCCAGCGCCAGGAUCUGGAACUUCGCUUAGAAGAGACCAGAGAAGCCCUGGCAGGCCGGGCGUAUGCCGCUGACCAGAUAGAAGGGUUUGAACUGCAGACCAAGCAGCUGACCCGUGAGCUAGAGGAGCUAAAAGGUGAGCUGCAAGCCAUUCGGGAUGAGAGGAACCGACCAGACCCACGGCUGCAGGAGCUUCAGCAAGAGGCUGCCCGUCUUAAAAGCCAUUUCCAGGCCCAGCUGCAGCAAGAGAUGAGGAAGACAGCCCUUGCGGAGGACCAGCUUCGCCAGCAGUGUCAGGCAGAAGAGCAGAGGGUCGCAGCCCUGGAGAAUCAAAUCUCUGAGGUGUCUGAAGUGCUGGGCACCUACGAGAAGGCCAAGCAGAAAGACCAGCUGGCCAUCCAGAAGCUGAAGGAGCGGAUUCUGCAGCUGGACCUGGAGAACAAAACGCUGGCCCUGGCAGCCUCUAGCCGCCCCUCCCUCGACAGCCAUGGGGACGAAUCCAGCCUGGAUGUCAACGUCUUGAAGGAUAAGAUGGAGAAGCUCAAAAGGCUCCUGCAGGUUGCAGCUCGGAAAAGCCAGGUGGCCCUGGAUGUGGAGAAGCUCUGUGACCCUGAGAUCAUGCCCAGCUCUGAGGCCGCUGAUGGGGAGAAGGCCACUGCGCUCUACUACCAACAGGAGCUGAAGCAGCUGAAGGAAGAGUUCGAGCGCUACAAGAUGCGAGCCCAGGUCGUGCUCAAGAGCAAGAAUACCAAGGAUGGGAGCCUGGCGAAGGAGCUGGAGGCGGCCCAGGAGCAGCUUGCAGAGCUGAAGGAGAAGUACAUCUCCCUGCGGCUGUCCUGCGAGGAGCUUGAGAGCCAGCACCAGCAGGAGGCCGAGGACUGGAAGCAGGAGCUGGCCCGGCUGCAGCAGCUCCAUCGGCAGGAGCUGGAACACAGCCAGCUAGACUUCCGGGACCGCACGCUCAAGCUGGAGGAGGAGCUGCAUAAGCAGCGGGACCGGGCCCUGGCCGUGCUGGCUGAGAAGGACUUGGAGCUGGAGCAGUUGCGUUCCGUGGCCUUGUCCUCUGGCCUGCCGGGACGCAGGAGCCCCGUGGGUGGAGUGGGCGGUGGAGGUCUUGGGGACCCCGGCGACACAGCUUCCUCAGAUAGCCUGACCCAAGCCCUGCAGCUCGCUGCAGCCAAUGAGCCCACUUUCUUCCUGUAUGCCGAGCAGUUGGCCCGAAAGGAGGUGGAGAUCACGUCUCUGAGGAAGCAGAAACACAGGCUGGAGGCCGAGGCCCACCAGUUGCAGGAAAGGCUGCUGGAGGAGGGGGAGCGGCACCGAGAGGAGGUUGGAGCCCUCCAGAGCCACAUCGAAAAGAACAUCAGGGACCAGAGCAGGGAAGGGGCCAACCUGGAGUAUCUCAAAAACAUCAUCUACCGCUUCCUGACCUUGCCGGACAGCCUGGGCCGCCAGCAGACGCUCACGGCCAUCCUGACCAUCUUACACUUCAGCCCCGAGGAGAAGCAAGUGAUACUGCGGCUCCCAAGUGGGGGGAGCUGGUGGCCUUCUGGCAAGAGAUGAUGCCUUUUCCCAACUCCCGAAAUCUCUGUGCCUCUUUCAUGUGGGAAGGGCAGGCGCAGAUGUCUGCGCCUCUUCUCACGUUCUCACGUAUUUCUUCACUGUGUGGAACUCACAGCAGUUCAAAGUUGGAUGGGGUUUUCUGCCAAGUGCCAUUAAUGCAACUUUAUCCUUGGGCUCUAGGGAUGCUGCAGGUGUUGAGACCGCAUCUUCUGGUGGUGUGUAUCUGGAACAGGCUAGGGAGAGAGGCUGGGGCUAAGAGGUGCAAGUUAGGGAAGUGGCGAGAGUCUUUAGGAAUAAGAUGUUUUUUAUUAUGCUGCUAGCUCGGAGCUAGGAGUAAUGUGACUCCCAGAAGAGCUCAUCUGACUUUGGACAUACACAGUAACUAUGUGUGUAUUCCUUGUCAGUCAGGCCUGGUCCACUUUUGUCCUAAUUUUUCUGGGGACAUAAAUUCAAGCUAGAAAGAGACCAGGAAGUUAGAAAUAGUAACCGUUUGUCCAAAGGGUUGUGGCAUGAUGAGUUCAUCCCGGAACUUGGAACCUUGGUUCCAGGGACCAGCCCACCACUUGUAACCAUUCCAGAGAGGGUCCUGAGUACCAUGUGACCUCAGAGAUUUCCCAAGUUAUCUGAUAUGGGCCAGGACGGGAUUAAAAAGAACGCUCUCUUGCUCAAGCUGUCUGCCCAAGGUCAGCCUGAGAGUGUGAGUCAACACUGAGCUUGUAUUAAGAAAUGAAUCCCUAGCUUCUUACAGAGCAUUCAGAUAGUAAGCUGGGGACCUCCUUGGACACAAGGAAUUACUGCCAUAAUUUGUUCCCAGCUGUUUUCUUUUGCAGGGACAGGAAAGAGUAGGUAAUUUGCUGCAGAUUCCAAAAGACUGUUAUGACCCUCACACGAAAAGUGACGUUCAGCUGAAAUACUUUGUGCCCUGUGGGUGUUGACAAAGGUGAAUUCUAUUCUUUAAGGAAAAAUAGCUCUCAGAAAACUGGGGUCAAAGCAGUAUCAGUUGCCCAAUUCUUUCCUUUGCUUAGUCUACUCUUCAUGGUUUUAAAGACCUUGGGACCUACAAGACCAAUGUUGGACCAUUAAUAUGUAUCUUUUUGCUAUUUUUAUUACGAGAUCUGUUUUUGCAAAAGUUUGGGGUACAGAAGACUUUGGCUAAUAAUGUUUUGGAUGGGCGGAGGUGACAUGAUUGUCUGCAUGAGCAGACUUCAGUGGGUCAGAAGUCUGUCUUUAUGGUAAUACCAAUGGUCAUUAAACCUGAGUGACUUGA